AUGCUGAAGACCUUAGGUUUAAGAAGUUUGUGCCCUUCACUUGGUGGUCGAGGCUUUCGAAGGCAUCCCAAUAUUAAUAAAUACACAUUGUCGUUGGUCAGAGUACGAUGGAAUCACCAUUUAAGUAAUGCUGAGAUACAGGCACGAAUUGAGAACAUACCACAGGAGAACUAUAGAAACUUUUCGAUUGUCGCCCAUGUUGAUCAUGGGAAAUCGACUUUGAGUGAUCGAUUGUUAGAGAUAACGGGAGUCAUAGACAAGAACUCUUCAAACAAACAAGUGCUUGAUAAAUUAGAAGUAGAAAGAGAAAGAGGUAUUACAAUCAAAGCUCAGACUUGUACAAUGUUCUACCAUGACAAGCGUAAUGGAGAAGAUUAUUUGCUACAUUUAGUCGAUACGCCAGGUCAUGUUGAUUUUCGAGGAGAAGUCUCGAGGUCUUAUGCUUCUUGUGGUGGAGCUCUAUUGCUUGUUGAUGCAUCUCAAGGAGUUCAAGCUCAAACAGUUGCUAAUUUUUAUCUUGCUUAUAGUAUGGGCUUAAAACUUAUACCUGUGGUCAACAAAAUUGAUUUAAAUGUUGCAGAUGUCGAAAGAGCUAAAGCUGAAAUCGAGGACAAUUUUGAGCUACCGAGAGAUGAAAUAAUUGGUGUGAGUGCUAAAACAGGUCUUAAUGUCAAAGAGAUGCUUCUGCCUACCAUCGUUGAUAGAAUCCCUCCUCCUACUGGUAAUAAGAAGAAACCAUUCCGCGCACUAUUGGUGGAUUCUUGGUAUGAUUCAUACUUAGGAGUAAUACUUCUAGUAAAUAUUGUUGACGGAAAAUUAAAAAAGGGUGAAAAGGUACUAUGUGCACAUACUAACAAAAAGUAUGAGGUGAAAGAACUUGGCAUUAUGUAUCCUGAUAGAGUUCCAACCGGUUCAUUGGUUGUGGGUCAAGUAGGGUAUGUCGUUUUGGGAAUGAAAGACUCUUCAGAUGCCCAUGUAGGUGAUACAUUAAUGCAUGUAGGAAAAGAGAGUGUGACAGAUAUUCUACCUGGAUUCGAGGAACAAAAACCAAUGGUCUAUGUUGGAGCUUUCCCCUCUACUGGAACUGAAUUUAAGGCAAUGGACGAUGAUAUUAACCGGUUGGUUCUGAAUGAUAGGUCGGUAACACUGGAAAGAGAAACAUCUAAUGCUUUAGGGCAAGGAUGGAGAUUAGGGUUUUUGGGCUCCUUGCAUGCAUCUGUAUUUAGAGAAAGACUAGAAAAGGAAUACGGCUCAAAGCUAAUUAUCACACAACCCACGGUCCCAUAUAUGGUAAGAAUGACAGAUGGUACAGAGUCUAUUAUUACAAAUCCUGAUGACUUUCCAGAUAGCGCUACAAGGCGAAUGAAGGUUGAAGAACUUCUGGAACCCUUUGUAGAAGCCACCAUAACAUUGCCUCAAGAAUUUCUGGGAAAUGUCAUUAAACUCUGUGAUGCCAAUAGAGGUCAACAGAAGGAAAUAACUUAUUUGAAUACAAGAGGCCAAGUUGUCUUGAAAUACCAUUUGCCAUUGGCUCAUCUAGUAGAUGACUUCUUUGGAAAAUUGAAAGCGGCGUCUAAGGGAUAUGCCUCUUUAGAUUAUGAAGAUAUUGGCUACAGAGAAUCUGAUGUAGUCAAACUAGAGCUUUUGGUUAAUGGUCAAAGUAUUGAUGCUUUAGCAAGGGUGCUUCAUCGAACUGAAGUUGAAAAAGUGGGUAGAGAAUGGGUGCAAAAGUUCAAGGAGUAUGUUAAGUCUCAAUUAUUUGAAGUUGUAAUCCAGGCUAGGGCAGGCACCAAGAUUGUAGCUAGACAAACAAUAAAGGCUAGAAGAAAGGAUGUUCUUGCAAGGUUGCAUGCUUCAGAUGUAUCCAGAAGAAAGAAGUUGCUUGAAAAGCAAAAGGAAGGUAAAAAACAAAUGAGAUCGGUUGGUAGAGUACAAAUAAACCAAGAGGCAUAUCAAGCCUUUUUGAAACGUUGA